AAACCAGAUAACGCUAAUCAGUAUCGAUAUCUACAGUAUAAGAACACAAACAAUGGACUCAAAUUCGUUAUAUUAUUCUUUGGAGCUCGUUGCGGGUACCGGAUGUACUUUAAACACUGAGCAAAGAACCGCCCUGCAAACUUCCCUGGUGAUCUUGACGAAAAACUACAAGUUCCAGAGAGUCUUGUUUUGGGGCAAAAUUCUGGGAUUAAAGGAGGAUUACUAUAUUGCUCAAGGGAGAGGAGAAGAUGAGAUGAAGGAUAAAAAGAAUCUGUACAGCUUCAACUGCAUGGACUGGUUCCUGCUUCCCCCUGCCACACACACGAUGAUUGAGGAAGUGUCCAAAGCGGCAAGGGGUCGCUUCAUGGGUGACCCCUCAUACGUGUAUGAGCUCAUUGAGAUCCAAAGGCAAGGAGAGGGGGAGGAGGCUGUAGAGGAGGAGGUAGUGACCAAAGUGAAUGAGGAAAAGAGGCUGGCAGUGACAGUUCAUCAGAUUGAUGAGGAAGUGUCUGUGGUACCACGCAGCGCCUUCAUCAAGAGUGCACACGGCCUGGUCCAGAUGAACCGCAGCUUUGGUGGUCUCUCUCACUCAGAGGCAAGAAAGCUUGACAGUUUCCUUCACCUCUCUGAAUCAAAGAAUCUAAAGAAGAAAUCCAUCCUGGAGAUGGCUGAUUUGAACCCAGCCAUCGACUUCCUGGAUGUACUGAGCGAUGACAUUCCCAAAGGGUCGUGGAGUCUUCAGUUUGAAUGUGCCAGCAAAGUGUGUGUGAUUCGCAGCCUGCUGUGGCCUGGCCUGACUUUCUACCACGUGCCAAUGACACCGCAGCAUGGAUACAUCUACAUUGGUGAUGGGACCAAGAAUUUGGACCUUCCCUUCAUGCUAUAA